AGUCUACACAGAGCAGAGAGCCUGAGGGAGUGUGAGCUUCGCAGAUCGUUGAUAGAAAAAAGACACAGAUCCAAAGCACUCGACAAUGUCUACCCUUAUAGUUCCUCAUACAGUUCCACCUGUUUCCGAUGACUGUGAGCAGCUCAGAAAGGCUUUUUCAGGAUGGGGGACAAACGAGGGCUUGAUCAUAUCCGUAUUGGCUCACAGGAAUGCUGCUCAACGCAAGCUGAUCAGAGAGACGUAUUAUGAGGCCUACGGAGAAGAUCUCCUCAAGGAAUUGGAUAGGGAACUUUCAAAUGAUUUUGAGAGAGUGGUGCUGCACUGGACACUUGGUCCUUCUGAACGCGAUGCAGUUUUAGCUAAUGAGGCAGCUAAGAAAUGGACAUCAAGCAAUCAGGUUCUUAUGGAAAUUGCCUGCACUAGGUCCUCAAAUGAACUGCUUCAUGUAAGACAGGCAUAUCAUGCUCGCUACAAGAAGUCCCUUGAAGAGGAUGUGGCGCAGCAUACAACUGGGGACUUCCGCAAGCUUUUGUUUCCUCUUGUGUGCUCAUACCGAUACGAGGGGGCUGAGGUGAACAUGACCCUCGCAAAAACAGAGGCUAAGUUGAUCCACGAGAAAAUCUCAAAGAAGGCUUAUAGUGAUGAGGAUAUCAUCAGGGUUAUAUCUACCAGGAGCAAAGCGCAGAUUAAUGCUACCGUGAAUGAGUACAAAAAUGCGUUUGGCAAUGAUAUAAACAAGGACUUGAAGGCUGACCCCAAGGAUGAAUUCCUCUCGUUGUUGAGGGCCACAGUGAAGUGCUUGACACGCCCAGAUAAGUAUUUUGAGAAGGUUCUUCGCCUGGCUAUCAACAAAAGAGGUACAGAUGAAGGAGCUCUGACUAGAGUUGUGACUACUAGGGCGGAGGUUGACAUGAAGAUUAUAAAAGAUGAGUACCAGCAAAGGAACAGUAUUCCUUUGGAGACUGCCAUUGCCAAGGACACCCAUGGGGAUUAUGAAGAUAUGCUUCUGGCGCUGAUUGGGCAUAAGGAGGAUUGAGCUGUUAAUCUGUCUCAAGGGGCAUUAUAUCCAUGAAGGUUGUUGUGCGGCUUGUUGCAUGUGGUUUCAACGGGGAAUAAAUCCUAGUUAUUUGAUGUGUUCUAUAUUUAGUCGGAUGGUAUGUUAAGCUGGUUUAUGAAAAACUUUACUUAUCGUCAGUUAAUAAAAUUAUAUAACUAUGUUUGCCCUGUUUA